AUGACUUCACAACUCUCUUCCGACCAUCUUCUCUUCGUUCAUCUCAGCCUGGUGGACUAUGAUACUGCAGGUGGUUCAUUCGAACUCAGCCACCAAUUUUUGAGGCCGUACUUCCCCAACACUGGCAUGGAAUACCACAAGAUAUCAUUUAAUGUUGGUACUGCCUUCAAGGUCAGUAAGUACCAAGACAGCAUGGAGGCCCUGUUUUUGACCAUCAUUCUUGGACCAUGGCAGGUUCUCAUUGAUGGCGUGCUGGAGUCAUUCCUUUGGCUCUUUUCUUGUGGUGCACUGGUCAACAAUGCAGAAUCCUUUUCUAACUUGCAUAUUUGGUUGCCAACUGCCAUAGCGUUUAAUGCUGUCCGAUUUCAACCAAGCUUCUCAGCUCAUCUCUUGCUUUCUUUUUGCGAACUUGUCCUCAUCCAGCGUCUUUCCAUUCAGCAAGCAUUCCCUGACAUGCUUGGGCAAUCCUACAAGCUUGGCUGCCAUUCAGAUGUGUUUUUGUUGUUGAAGUAUGACAGUAACUCUGUUGACGCUUUCAAAUACUGCUGGACUCAUUCUCAGCUGCACCCCUGGGGCAACUUCCUGCUGCUCCAGUACCCUGACUGUGGUCUGGUAGAUACUUGGAAGUCCACUAAUCACCAGAAGGAAUACUCAUUUGAGUGCAAGGGGCGAAAUUGCAGGAAGGGCUUUGUGUUUAGCGUGCCAGCAAACUCAAAGGUGCUUGUACCAGGGAAAACUCGUAUUUCCAGUUGGAUUGAGAUCCCUUUGAUCAUGUCUUCCAAUUGGGCUCUGAAGUUCAAAUCUAUUCUUGAUCAGUUUGAACAAGACUUCCGGUCCAACCAAGAUUCUCCAACACAUCGUUCUCAUGUGGUGAAACAAGUUAAAAAUGCUAUUCUUAAAGCUCAGGGAGAUCAACCUGGAGUACCCUUGCCAAGUUUAUUGAAAAAUGCCAUUAGAACCUCUUACUACGAGACUAUUGACUCUGAGGAAUCAGAUAAAGAAGGCAGGCCAGAUGUGGAUGAUGAACAUGUUGUGACAGCUGAGGAAAGAGAAGCUGUUGCACAUCCUAAAACUGCACUAUUUUACAAGAAAGAAUGCAAUCAGUGGCAUGUUGCCCAAAUGUUGUUUAAGCAGGGGAUCAAUGACUAUGACAAGACAGAGAGGCUGAGGAAAGGAUUGGAUGACUAUAUCAAGCAUCAGACAGGACAUGCCAGAGAAUGGUUUAAUAAGAUGAUGAUUGAGCAAGAGAAAGAGGUUAAAGAUGCAAUGGAGAAAUGA